AUGACCGGCAGGAGCUCAGCGGAAGCAGAGCUUAUAUGGACUGCGUUUUCUGCACCGCUCCUCACCGCAGUUGGAAGGGGCGGUGUCGGGGGUGACGUCGGAGCGCAAGUCUUCAGCAUCAUACGCAUCGUCCAGCGUCCACUCGACCUCUCACUCGCAUCUACACUCGCACACGUCCUCGAGUCCACCUCACCCACAAUGGCCUACACCACCAUCCCCACCUACUCCUUCGCGGCCCCCUCCGCUCCCAACGCGUUCGCGCUCUUUGGCUCCACCCAGUCGCUGCGCGACGCCUACGCGCUCUAUGACGAGGCGCGAGUCGUCCUCCGUCCCUCCAACGGGCAGAAGAAGACGUCAACGAAGAGCGGGCUGAAGAAGUACUUCGGGCUGUGA